CCAGGCGGUGGUGGUGAACGGAACCGUGUACAUCUCUGGUCAGCUGGGUAUGGACGUGGCUUCUGGGCAGCUGGUGGACGGAGGGGUGCAGGCGCAGACCAGACAGGCUCUGCUCAAUAUGGGGGAAAUCCUGAAAGCUGCUGGCUGUAACUUUAACAACGUGGUGAAGACCACUGUGCUGCUUAAAGACAUAAACGACUUCAAUACAGUCAACGAGGUCUACAAGACAUUUUUUAGCAGCAACUUUCCUGCCAGAGCUGCCUACCAGGUCGCUGCUCUCCCCAGAGGUGGGCUGGUGGAAAUUGAAGCUGUCGCCGUCCUCGGCCCGCUCUCCGACUCCUGACURGCCGACCGCAUCCCGAACAAGUUGUAGCUUAAAACCGUCAAGAGUCCUCGUCGUCCGUCUCGUCAAGACGUCAUAGAGUUUUGGCCGUACCACGGAACAGGAUUUGGAGCCUAGACUUGAACAUUUCCUAGAGUUUCUGGAUAACACUUUUUGUUUUUCAAAGAUGAAGUCAUUUAUAUGAAACUAACAAAUAAAAUACUUAUUUACAGUAA